AACUUCCCAAAGCCAACACGUGGCAAAGAUCUAAUAUUGAUGAUCCCAUGAAACCACGCACGCACGGUCCCGAUUAUCCCUCCCCCGAAUAAAACGCACUAACUUGUACAGAGAGAGCUCCUCAACUUGGACUAGAUUUAAUCACAAACUGCCAUUGACGGCUGUCCAUUAACAAACCGCCACGUGGAUAUAACUCGAGUUCUAGCUCUUUUUUUAUAUUCUUCUUCAGGUUUCAGUUCUCUGCAGUUCUGUUCUUUUUUUUUUCUCUGUGUUCUGAUGAUUCAUUAUCUACAUUUGAUCGGUGAGUUUUGGUUCUGCAGCGUUGCUAAAGUAGCCGAGUGGUUCUUGGAAACUAUAUUUCUCAGGAACUUUCUUAGUGGAGGAGGAAGAACAAUGAAGUCGAAGCUAGACGGUGAGGAAGAGGAGUUAGAGUUAGGAUUAGGUUCGGUGACGUUCACGAGAGGGCUAGGGAGAAAAAGGGUUUUGUUUUCAAGUAGAGUCGGAGAAUCUUUGCUCGAGAUUCCGGCAACUGAAUCGACCCCCGUGAAGAGACAAAGAAGCAGAACUACUAAUGUUUCGUUGUCUUCUGAGAGAUCUUGCCUUGAAUCUCUGCCUCAAGAACUCUUGAUUCGAGUGGUUUGUGGUGUGGAUCAUGAGGAUCUGAAAAGUCUAAAUAUUGUAUCUAAAUCAAUCAGAGAAGCUAGUUUGAUAGCAAAAGAGUUACACUUUUCAUAUACCACACCCAAAAAGACUCGAGCUUCUCGAAACCAACUAGCUUUUGAGGAUUCGAGCCAGCAAGUGGAAGAUGUCGAGCCUCCUAACGCACCGGUUCGCCAUCGUUGGACCAAGGCUAAGAGGAAAGAGGAGCUGUCUAAUGUCUCUGUGGCAUUGUUUACUUGAAAAUGAUGAUGAGAUAUGUAGAUGGUGUGAUUCGAGUCGCUAAGUGUUAUGCAUGACUACUGUUAAAGUCUCUUUGACGGUUAAUAGCUUUUUUUUAAGAUUAGUAUGCAUUUUGAUCCAGAAGCUUUUAGGGUUCUGGAGUUUGGAUUUGUGUAUAGUUUCAUUUUCUGCUUACCUUGGGAACUGAAAUGGUUUUUUAAUGUAUUUCAGUCUUUUGGGUUUUUAGUCAGGGUAUCCAAGGUUCUGUUUUUGUUUUUGUCUUAGGGUGCAAUAAAGAUAAUCAAUUCUAGUAGUAUUAUUUAUAUCUCUAAUGAACUGUAGUCAGAAACUUUUAAAUAUUACAGUAUAUCUAUUUCCUGCA